UCUCAAACAAUGUUGUGUGCAUGAUCUUCUCAAACAUCCACUAUCUUUGUGCUGUCGACUCAACAACUACAUCCGGGUAACUGUGGUGACCUUGGUUGGUUGAUCAUCAUGGCGGCUAUCUUCAGGUUGAGUUCUGUGUGUCGCAGAGGAGUCAAACCUUUGUUCUACCAAAGCGCUUUGGUGGCCAGGCCGCUGGUUGUACCACACAAAUACCAAGAGCAGCACUACCAGCUGACAGCAAGGAUUCAUGCAUCACAGGCUCUAUAUGGGAGCUCUGGCUCUCAGGCCGCCUCUCUGCACUGGACAGCAGAGCGAGUGCUGAGCCUCAUGCUCCUGGCCCUGGGACCUGCAGCCUAUUUACACCCUAGUCCUGUCAUCGACUACUCCCUGGCUGCUGUCCUGACCCUGCAUGGACACUGGGGCAUCGGGCAGGUGUUAACAGACUACGUUCAUGGGGAGUCAAAGAUCAAGAUGGCCAACGCCGGCCUCUUCCUCCUGUCCACCGUCACCUUCGCUGGUCUCUGCUACUUCAACUACAACGACGUGGGCAUCUGCAAAGCCAUUGCCCUGCUGUGGAGCAAAUGAACAGAAGUGUGGACUGUGAAGCUUGGAGGACCUCGACACAACGGGAUAGGAGCAAUCUCGUUGUUUGUAAAAGUUCAGGGUGUUCUAUGUAAAUUAUUAAUAGAUAUAUCAUUCUUGACAAUAUAACAGUGAUUCAUUCAAUUGUAAUGAAUGUUUAUCAAUUCAGGCUUGGUCUCUGUAUUAAGUUCUUGCUCAACAACUGGCAUCCAUCAUCUCUAAUACUGGGAGAUUAUUUUUUAUCUUCAAUGUGGACUAAAUGUAAGUUUAUGUUCGGCUGUACACUUUGAUCCUAAGCAACAUGUACAAUUAAGAGAUAUCCAGUUUCCUGCUUGUAAUGGUUCUAUUUACUGGGGACGUGCAUGUUUUCAUCAACACAGCUGUGACUUCUAUCAAGUCUUACACAGUUUGACAUGUCAUUUAUUUUUUUCAUGUUUGUGGCUGAUUUGUUAAAUGUAUUUUGUUUCAAUGAUACUAUGUACAUACUUCCUUUUGCUGAUAAACCCAUCAGGGAUAGCAGGGCAGCACGAGUUGAGCGGUGUAUGUUCACCUUGCCCUCCACACUAACCCGCCCGUGUACGAAUGAUUCACAAGGUCCACUUCAUGUUUUUGUUGCGAGUUAACUCGUACGUCAUCGUAUCUUGACUGACGGGAUGCUGUUGACAAGUCGGAGGUUUCAUUGUGAAACCUCUCGCUGUGUGUCUGCAGAGGGCAGACUGAGAGCAGACUACCUUUGCUUUGAUUGGCCUGUUUAAUUGCUGCUCCAUUGAAGCUCAAUUAAAAGGUAAGCGAGAUCUGAAGUGCAUUAUAAAUUUAAGCCAGCCUACCUGUGCAUCUCCAGCAUAGUGGUUAACGAACGGUCAGCUAAUGAUGUGUCAGCUGCACAAUAUCACCCAGCACCGUAACACUAACGCCUAAUGUGAGACGCCUUCCACUGUGAGAAAGCAAACGGCUAAAUAAAAACAUGACACAUUUUGAAAGUAUUAAAAAUGCAUUUAUUUUGGCCAUAUAAACAUUUUGUCCGUUCAGGUUUAUUACUUCUUGGCAAAUAAGGCACAAACUUAUUGCAGGCACUGUUCCAUCAAUGUGCGCCUGUAUAAGACUUAACAUGGCUGGCUAAUCAAAGAUUACAUAUGUUUUGAAGAUUAUGCAUAUAAUUGGUGUACACACACUCCUUGCAUGCAGCUUUGUUUUGUACUGCUUGAAGUCUUCCUGGUUCAGUUCUCGCUGUACAAUCUGAGCUCUGGAUCGUCACGCUGCUCAUCCUCUAAAUGUUUGAGAGCUUACAAGAUUGAUGUUGGUUUCUUCCAGGAAUUGUCAAUUUGUCAUUUCUGUUCAACUAUUCAGAUUAUACGCACAAAAUAAGAUGUGGCAAGAAAAAUGCACUGUUCCUGCCUCAACGGAAUAAAGUUGGCUUUACGGAUGUUUUCAUA